UGUGCCCCCAUUGUACAUCGGCACUUCGAAUUUACAUUCGCUUGGCCUGGACAUGGAACUCCGCGGGGUUCUGGACGGACAUCCGACCGGUUCAAUUGGGCCUGACAGGAUUGUCUGCUCCGGCAACGGCUUGCUCUGUGUCCAAACUGGUCCGCUUCAUGCCCUCCCUCCGACUCUUGCAUUGUGGAAUCCUGCGAUUCGAGAGGUUAUGCAGGUUCCUAGUAGUAGAAUAGUUAGUGGACGUUUACUUUAUAAUUUGGAAUUUGGAUUCAGUCCAUCUCUUAAUGAUUACAAGAUUGUGAUAACCUAUACGGGGAGGGAUGUUGUGGCCGGCCUUGUGGUUCGUGGAGUUGAAGUUUAUUCAUUAUCCACAAAUUCAUAGAAGGACAUAGAAUUCGGAAUUUUAAAGGGUAGAUACCUUAUUACUAAGAGCCUGAAUGUUAAUGGAUCCAUGUUUUGGUUUGCAAGGAAUCGAUUGGAAUUUGAGGAAUCCAUAGUUUCUUUUGAUUUAGCAUUGGAAGAGUUCAAAGUGAUACCAGCACCUGCUUUAUUCAGGGGAGAAGCUAAGCUGGCUGUGUAUGAGGAGAGACUUGCCCUACUACAUUCCUCUUUUGCUCCAAACUCAAGCAAUUAUGUUAUUGAUUUGUGGGUGAUUGAGGAAGGCAUUGGCGCCUCUUGGAGUAAGAAAUUUACCUUUGGCCCUUAUCCAUACUCUUUACAACCAUUGACCAUUUGUAGGAAUCAUAUUGUCGGCGUUGUUUCUUACAUUGGUAUGUAUCAUAUGGAAGAGGAGUGGGAGAAGAGGGGGAAAACUAAUUAUAUUUUUAUUAUUAAUAUCUCUUCUAAUGAAUUUAAGGUCACUAAUGAUAGGAAACGUGGUUAUACUGGUCGUUCUUUUGAAUAUGUUGAAAGCCUUUUGUCUCCCAGCAAUAUCCUGCUUGGGAACCCUUGAUUCUAGUGCCUUGUCAACUAGAAGACAGUUGAGAUAAUAACCAAGAUUUUGGUGUUCAUGUUUGUUCAAUGUUUAUUAACUAAACAAAUGCGUAUGAGCCGACCAUUUUGAUGUCUUCAGGUUUAUUUGUUU